AAAAAGCUCAACAGUUCGGUCGCAAGGUAAAAUCGCUGCGCCUUUUUAUGAAAAUUGGUUUGUGCGCGCGCGCAAAUAAAUCGCAAAAAUUGAAAUUGAUUUCCAAUGAAUUUCUAUUAAAUUGUACUGGAAAAAAUCGCUCGGGUGUCAAAAACCAAUUGAUUUGAGUGUGAGUGUGUGAAAGUGAGCUUAUGCGUGAAAAAAUGCAAUAAUCCAUAAGGAAAACAAGAGAAGGAAAACAAACAACAAUGCCAAUUUAAAACAGACCGAAAAGGAAAACAAGAAGAAAUAGGUACCACGCAUAUAACAUACAUAAGUAUAAAUAAAAAAUUCCUAUUUGGGCAAUAGAUAUGCAAAAAACAACAGCAAAUAUGCAGCAGGCAACGGAUCUUGACUUUGAUUUCCAGAUGCCGUGUCGCUAUUUCAAAAGUUCUUUUGCGCGUUCGCUUUCGCUGAAUAACAACAACAAUGGGAACGGUAGCAACAACAAUUCCUUGACAUUGCCCAAGAAGCCGCCGACAAACGAGGCCAAGCAACAACAGCAACAACAACAACUGGAGAAUCAGGAAUCGCUAGAAAGAGAAAGAGAACAGGAUUCACCGUGCGCCACCCCGCCCCCUGCUCUUCCAGCACGACGUCACACAGCCAAUAUGAAACUCUAUCACGCCGCUAAACAGCUGCUCUCCCCGCCGCCACCUAACCAUCCCCCGCCAUACCCCCCUCAACAUCCACAAUCCGCCAGGAAUCUCAAUCUCGUCUGGCCCUGGCCAAUGCAACCGACACACCAGCCAGCACACCAGCAGGAUGCCAACAUCUUGGCCGCACCCAGCCACCACAUCCAGAGCCACAUCGAUGACUUGCCACAGCAAUUGCAGCCACAUCAGCACCACCAGCAGCAACAACAGCAACAUCAGCACCACCAGCACCACCAGCAACAACAUCAACUAAAUGUCGAGGCUGUCAUAUUGCAGAAUCAGGUGGAUACAUUGCAUUGGCAAUUGAAACAGACCGAAACUAAUUGCGAGAUGUACCGAGCGGUGAUGGAGGAAGUGGCCCGCUUCUUUGAGCGCUACCAGCUUCAGCAACAACUGCAGCAAACCCAUCGCAAUGGGGAGCAGAUCGCCCGCUCCAAAAGCUUGCAUCAUGUCCACGGAGUGGGUAACACUUCGUUGCAGAGUGACUCCCGGGAUGAUGACGACUCGAGUGCCGGAUCCGCUUCAUAUCUGCGCGCCCGGAGCAGUACCAAUUUGAUAUUGAAUAAGUCAAUGCAUGCCAUGAAUGAGGAGCAUAAUUACGAGACGAUUGCACCAGCUGGAAGCUAUAAUGCCUUUAAGGAUUUUACAUGGCGCCGCUCACCAAAGAAAUCCGGAGGCGGUGGAGGCUGCAAGGCGCGUUUAUCUUCAGCGGAGGCUUCCGAAGAGAAACUCAACCAAGAGGCUUUCCGUUUGGCCAGGACCAUCAGAAAUUUGCUGCACACCUCGGAACAACAACCGGAUCUCACGCAGCCGCGUCACUCGCUGGCCUCCAUUUCAUCGCUGCCUUCGGGAAAUCAUCGUUUGUGCAAGGGAAAAACCAGUUCGGUGAUGACGCUGCUGACGCCGCCAUUGCACAAUUCCACCAGCAUCAUGGAUGCCACACUGGCGGCACCAUCGCCGGCUGCCAAAUCCAAUGCGGAACUGAUCUUUCUGCGGGCCAACAACAUGAGGGACUCGAGGCUCUCGCUGCGCAGCUCCACCGACAGUUCCGUGCAUUCCACCAUCUCCUCGACGGCCUCCUCUUCCUCGAAAGUGGAAACGGAUGAGGAGAGCCAGAGCAACAAUAACCACAACAAUACGACAACCACCGCCAGCAAUGCAGCCAUCAGCAAUAGUAAUAUAAAACCCACCAGCAGCAACAAGCAGAGCGGUUCCAGCACCGAAGAUGAGAGUGGCUUCAGUUCGAUUAGCUCCUUUCACGACGUGGGCUUGCCAUUGAGCUCCACCCUGAUGAAUGGCAACCAGAGACGCCCUUCCAUGUCCUCGGACAGCAGAAACUCCACACUGAAAUCGGGCUUGAAUAUGGUGGGAUUGCCAAUGCAAACCCAGACUCAAGUUCAAGUCCAGGUUCAAGCUCAGAUUUCCACCAGUCAAUCGCCAUCGAAAACAUUUCGUAAUGCGAAUCGCUAUCAGCGCUUCUCCACUCUAUCAAACGAAGAUGCAGCUGCUGUUUUGUGGGUCUAGACACGUGGAUAUCUUAAGGUUCAAAGCCACACUGAAAAGAUAUUAUUAAUCUGCUGCUAGACUCUUAAAGAAGCCCCUCGAAAAUGGAUUUGAAAAGAGGUCGAAGCCUUUAUUUAAUUUUGUAUACCCCCGUAGUUUCUCAGUUUUGUUUUUCUCUAGUGCCUCCGCUCAGUUUUAAGUUGAUCACUUUUAAAAGAGUAUAUAAUGUUUAAUCUAUAUGUUAUCAUUUUAUUUUUUUAAGGACCAAGCGCGCAUUUCUAUGUUAACAACAUGUAAAUUUCAUUUAUCCUAAGUUUUGCAGUAUUUAUAAAUAAAUAAAAGUAAUUUA